ACGAUUUGUGUGACGAAAUUCCGAACAGGGUUGCAAAAUACUCAAAUAUGAAUAUCGUUGGAAAAUCGCAAGCAGUUUUGAUCUCAGGCACAAUAGAAGUCUUGAGAAGUCUGCAAUCACCACUACAGUUUGAACUGACGUUGCACCGUUGUGAGGUGGAUAAAACCAAAUGUGAACAUUUCGAUACAAUCUCUUUUGAUGAUGUUUGUGCACUGUACAAUGAGAAUCAUCUCAUCAGGUCCUUUGUGGGAUUCUUCUCUCCACCUCUGACUUGCCCCGUUCAAGUAGGGAAAUACGUUGCGAAAGACGGUGUGCUUGACAUGAAGGCGUUUGAAAUAUUCCCCAUCGGGAAUACUCACUGGCAAACGGAGAUGCGACUGAUUGAUGCAUCGAAACAAAUCGUCAGCUGUAUCCGUUCGGAGACAACAAUUACCAGCAAACACUAAGCGUGUAACGAUAAUAUUCGCAAAAGGAACCUGGCUUACCUUGCACAAUAAGCGCUCCCAGCGCAGCAGCUUCUCCAAUCGAACAGUACAAUCGUCCAUGCCGUAAAUCUCGUUUCAGUUGUUGAAACAGCAUCACUUUACCAUUUCCCGUUAGCCGACAUGGAUCAGCAGGAUAGAAUUUCACGCGAAAGGAAAAUAUGAGGGGCUCGACAUCUGCGAAGAUUUGAAGGGAAAACGAUAAGGAUUAUGUAUUAAUUAUGAAUGUCGA